CAGAAAGAAAGUUCAAAUUAUUACACAUAAUGACAAAAAUAAAUAUAAAUAAAAAAAGGCAAAAUCAAAUGAAGAAUUUCUCCAAUUUCUUCAGCUUGAAUCCAACUGACUGAACAUCAACAGCAAACCCAAAAUCUCAAUGGCGAUCCCAAAACCCCAUCCGAAGUCAAAAUCAGCAAAGCCCAGAUCUUCAUUCCUCAUCCUCACAGCGUCUAUCGCAUGCAUCGCCGUGUUGUACCUUGCUUCAUCGUUACUUUCCACGCCAUGGUUCUCUUUCUCCACCUCGAGUAACUUACAGAACUUGCUGAACAGGCCCAUGAACCGUCACACUCUGCAAGAGAAGUACUUAUAUUGGGGUAGCAAAAUCGAUUGCCCUGGAAAACACUGCGAUUCGUGUGAGGGUUUGGGGCACCAAGAAUCUAGCCUUAGGUGUGCCCUUGAAGAGGCGUUGUUUCUUGGGAGGACAUUUGUAAUGCCUUCUAGGAUGUGUAUUAAUCCCAUACACAAUAAAAAGGGGAUUCUUCAUCAGUCAGGUGAUGUAGUUUCUGAGGAAGGGUGGAUUUCUAACUCGUGUGCAAUGGAAUCUUUGUACGAUCUGGAUCUUAUAUCCGUAACUGUACCCGUAAUUUUGGAUAAUUCGAAAAUUUGGCAUCGUGUCCUUUCGACAAGCAUGAAAUUGGGAUCCAGAGGAAUUGCACACGCGCAAGGAGUUAGUCGAGCUGAUCUCAAAGAAAAUGCUUUAUAUUCAAAUCUUCUACUCAUAAAUCGAACUGCAAGUCCUCUGUCGUGGUUGUCAUUCAGGUUCAUGGAGUGCAAAGAUAGGAACAAUCGCAGUUCUAUUAUGUUGCCUUAUUCUUUUCUUCCUUCGAUGGCUGCAAAAAAGUUUCGAGAUGCUGCAGAACAGAUUAAGGCUCUUCUUGGAGAUUAUGAUGCUAUUCACGUUCGCCGAGGAGAUAAACUGAAAACGAGAAAAGACAGAUUCGGUGUAGAGAGGACUUUACAUCCUCACCUUGAUAGAGACACACGUCCCGAAUUUAUUCUUUGUCGAAUAUCCAAGUGGGUCCCACAUGGACGAACCCUUUUUAUAGCAUCAAACGAGAGAACGCCAGGUUUCUUUUCGCCUUUGGCUGUGAGAUAUAAAUUGGCGAGCUCGGCAAACUACAGCAGCAUUUUAGAACCAUUAAUCGAGAACAAUUACCAUUUGUUCAUGGUGGAGAGGCUCAUUAUGAUGGGAGCUAAAACAUUUAUUCGGACGUAUAAAGAAGACGAUAAAGAUCUAAGCCUAACGAACGACCCCAAAAAGAACACCAAGAUUUGGAAAAUACCCAUAUUCCGACGCCAGCUCGCCGGUAUAUUCCCUUUUCCGGCAUCAGGUACUAUCCCAGAAGCUGUUUCUAAUUCAUCGGUCUACAAAGAAAGAGUGCUAUUACAAGUUCCUAUAUUGCCUGUGCUGAAAAUGCCGUACCUUGUACGCGAGCAUUUGUUCAUCGGAAACAUUGGAGAUUCUGCACAGAUUCUCCACAAUGGAAGUGAUGACAUCACGCAUAUCCUCUCUGUCCUCAGCUCAGCUUCGAUUUCUUUCUUCUUCGAGUGGCGAAAUGGACUUUCAAUCCCCACCAAAGAAAUCCGGAAGGUUUAUGUUAGGGACUCUAAAUCUGAGAGCCCACUUUCAGCGGAUAAGCUUCUCUUCUCACUGGAAUAUGCUGGUAAGGAUUUGAAGUUUGUGAGAAUGGCGGUACCUUUGAGGGACAUGGAGAGUGAGGACUUGCUCGAUUAUUUGGAUAUUUGUCUCGAAUUUAUCGAAAAUAGUAGGAAAGAGGGUUCAGUUUUGGUUCACUGCUUUGCGGGUGUAUCAAGAAGUGCAGCAAUUGUUACAGCUUACCUGAUGAAAAGUGAACGACUAUCUGUAGACGAUGCUAUUGAGUCUUUGAGGCAGAGCUGUGACUCUGUGUGCCCUAAUGAAGGUUUUCUGGAGCAGUUGAAAAUGUUUGAAGAAAUGGGUUUUAAGGUGGAUUAUGAGAGUCCCAUAUACAAGCGCUUCCGCUUAAAAGUAUUAGGUGAUUUAUUUAACCGUGGAGAGAAAAUAGAUAUUUCCAAGUUCGGGCCUGACCCGGGCUCCCAUGCUGAAAAACUUUCUUCUGAUGCUGAAAAAAUAGUCGAUAAUAAAGAAGCACUGCCCAAGCUUAAUAAUGCUUACCGUUGCAAGAAAUGCCGAAGGCUAGUUGCCUUGAAAGAAAAUGUCGUCGAACAUGUUCCGGGAGAAGGAGAUAUGAGCUUCGAGUGGCGUAAAAGGAGUGGAACUUUUAGCAGAUCUGAGGAUGAUGAGUGCUCAUCCAUUUUUGUCGAGCCUCUUCGCUGGAUGAAAGCUGUUGAAGAAGGUGGUAUGGAGGGAAAGCUGUUGUGCAGUCACUGUGAAGCUCGUUUGGGUUACUUCAACUGGUCCGGUAUUCAGUGCAGUUGCGGGAGUUGGAUUUCUCCUGCUUUCCAGCUUCACAAAAGCCGAGUCGACAUCAGCAUUGUCUAGAAGCUUCUUCUGGUUUUUUACCUUUUUUUCUCGCAAAGUAUAAUCAAAGAUUAUGUAACUCAGAUCACAUUGUACAAGACUGUCUGUUCCGCCUUUCUGGAAUUUUCAUGCUCAAAGUUGGUAAAAUCUGUUGGGAAUUUUGAGCUUUUUAAGUGGCUUGUUUUUAUUUUGGGGGAUAUAAUAUAAUGUGUUCUUU